UCUGCCUCUUUCUCCACACAACCACUUCAAAAGCUCUUUAGCACUCAUAAACAUCACAUAGAACAAAAAGCAAAGGAGAUUUUCUAACCAUAAAAGUGCAUACACUACUCUGUCAUCUAGAGAUAUCUUCUACUCCUCAUAAAACACAAGCUUCAAACAUGCAAGAAAAGUCGAGAACGAUGGUUGCUCGUAGAGCUUGGAAUGUUCUCCGCCUAUCCUUGUUAUGGGCCAGAAAAGGUGGCAUUUUCAAGAACAAGCACCUCGUGGAUCUCCGUUUGCUUCCUAAGUAUAUUAAAAGCCUCCGUCAUACCAAUGAUCACUACCGGACACUAUAUUAUGGGGAGCGUGAGUUUUCCUUUGAUGACACUCCUAUUAUUCAUGUUAAGAUGCAUCGCCCUGCUUCCUUGCGUUUCAAGAUGCCCAACAUUCCCUGCAUCAAACCUCAAGUCGAUAAUAAUAAUGACGAUGCUCCUAGGAAGAGCUUUUUGAAUACUGUGGAUCAAUUAGAGGAUGAGUGUGUAAGCUGCGAGGAGAUCAGUUGUGAUGAAGCUAUUGAUAUGAAGGCGGAGGAGUUCAUUGCAAAGUUCUAUGAGCAAAUAAAGCUUCAAAGACAAUUAUCAUAUUUACAAUACCAUGACACCCUCGCUAAUUAAAUAAUCAAUGAAUAAAAGACACAACAAUUUUGACCAAACUCAUCUUGCUUCAACAGAAAUAAAUUUAUCAGAGUAUUUAUUUAUUUCUGGUUUCAGUUGUAAAUUCGUAAAUGAACCUAGGCACUUUCGAAUAUCCAAUUUAUUUACAUGAUGUAUCCUCGAUUAUUGAUGGUUUCCACAUCAGUGGGUUCAAAGAUCCUUCGUCUCCAUAUAUGAUCUUAGACAAUCUGA